GGAUGCCCCCCGAGGCGCGUGAAAUCUCUCCAUUCACGCGCGAGCUGAUGGAUGAGAGAGAUGCGUGAUCUCAUCACAUAUUCAGUGCAUUCUCUCAAGACCACCGGAGACCUCACGAGUAGCGGUGAUACUUGCAGAACACCCACAUACACCGCAUUUUCGUCUUUGACUUUUGCCUUGGAGCACGCAGACGAGAGAUGUUCGGCGGAUAAGAAAGAAUUCAUUGUCAGUAUCGCUGUUAAAACAGCUGCUUACGUUCUCAGCUCUGGAUGCAGCAGAUGAUUGUGUUGCGUGGACCAAGCGCUCUGACUGCUGUGAGAAACUGUGAAAUGUUUCUUUCCCGUAAGCGCUGUUAUUAGCAGUUCCGUGAUUUAAAAUGCCGAGGUUCCAGCAUUUAAACAGCACUAGUAUGCCAAAUCACAAUUAUGAAUGGAGCUACGAAUACUACGACGACGAAGAGCCUGUGUCUUUUGAGGGACUCAAAGCACAUCGAUAUUCCAUUGUGAUCGGCUUUUGGGUGGGUCUUGCAGUUUUUGUCAUUUUUAUGUUUUUUGUUCUGACUCUUCUGACCAAAACAGGAGCACCACACCCAGAGGCCGCGGAGCCUUACGAGAAACGGAUGCGUCUUACCAGCUGCGCCGAGGGUUUGGGACGCCAGCGUGAGGCGGAUGCCCGUACGAGUCUCUCUCGCCCGUUGCUGGAAGAGUCCCGGUCUUUUUUUCACUGUUACAUUAAUGAAGAAGAGCGAGAAGGAGGCAGGGCCAUUGCCGGUGCCGCCCGCGACCGUACAGGCAGCGGCGACUCCAGAGACCAAGUGGAAACGGUCGGCUUGGUCAUGCAAAGCAUGGUCAUGGAGACCAGGGCGGAACGAGAGGCGGCGCUCUUGGCGCAUUUUAACAUCCCCAACUUCGUGAACUCAGAACUGAGCUCGGCAUUGGGGGAUGAAGAUUUACUACUAGGCGAUCCACCGAUCAUAAUGGAGGAGGCCCGUCCGCGCUGUACCCAUCAUAUCAUUGACUAAACCACCUGUUUGAAGAUGGCCUUUAUUCAUUCAUUAUGGCUCCAUUAUUGUCUUCAACUCAGCCUGUGAUCUCUAAAAGUGGAGAGUGAUUGUGUUUCGCUUCAAAAGCUCAGCUUUUGCGGGAGAAGCUUUAAGGCUGAGCUAUUUUUUUACAUCUGGGGUCUACAGUGACGCAUGAUGUCAGUCUGAGAGAUAAAAAAGACGGGAUCUCAUGACUGGGAUUUGGCCAAUGUGUUCUCGACAGCAUGCCUGUGCUUAGAAAAAGCAAAAUAUUUUCUAGGACAAGGAUGUUGUUUCCGGUUGUAGGAAGACAUUCCAGCAGAUUGCAAUGCCUUAUUGGUUCAUACUUCAUUUUUACUAUUAGCAUGAUUAAAAAAAAUCUCUUGAUGUGCAGUAGGAAGAUGUUUUUUAUCCGGCAUUGUACUUAUGUAGCCUAAUGGCAAAAUUGCAGCAAUUUGGUAUUGCACUGCCUGGUUCUCUGGGCUUGUUGUGUGAGCAAAUGCCUGAGUAGAAAAUAGCUUGCCGUCUGCUACCUGUCAGCUGAAUCAGUGGCUUUCUGCAGAAUAUCUGCCGUAUACUUGCAUACUAACUAUCUGUAAUAGUCUGAAUGCAGCUGCCUGAGCUGCUGGAGCAAUUGAACACUUAAGUUCUGUCUCCCGUUUUAUUGAACACCUAUAUGCCAAUAAAAUUCAGUGCAAAGCUUCCCGUGGUGAAACUUUCGCAUAAAUACCUGUACCUAAGAACACUACUCAAUGAACACGAUGCAGCUUGUGUUAUUACUUUUCGAACUGACUUUUCAAAUAAAAUGGGUGAAAAAAAAAAUCAAAUAGACAUACAGAGGGGGACCAAUAUAGAGACCAGAAUAUCUUUUUUAACUUGGAUUAGAAGGUUGCUACCUAGCAACCACUCAGAAAACUAUAGUGACCACUUAGCAAUGUCCUGGCAACCACUGAGAACACUCAAUUGCACGAGAAAGCACCACUUAUUU